GGAGGGUGAGAAAAACUCUCAGGCCAGCUCUGGCCUUUCCCUGCACCAGACCCCUCACAGUGCAGGGAAGCUACAUAACACUGAGGGCAGGGAGACUCUGGAAAGUGGGCACAAUAGCUACAGGUGUGACAAAUGUGGGAAAGCCUUUAGCUACAAACACUUAUGUGUUGAGCACCAGAAAGUGCAUAGUGAAACAAGGCUCAGUGAGCUCUUUGACUGUGGGGGACUCUUCAGUCAAAGGUCUGGCUUCACUGAGCACCAGAGAGUUCAUACCAGGCCAAUGCGUUAUGAGUGCAGCCAGUGCGGAAUGUGUGUUAAAGACAGCUCCACGCUCAUUAUUCAUCAGAGAGUUCACACUGGAGAAGCGCCCUAUCAAUGCAGUGAGUGUGGGAAAUCCUUUAGGUACAGCUUUACACUCAAAAGACAUCAGAGAGUUCACACCAGAGAAAGGCCAUAUGUGUGCAGCGUGUGUGGGAAGUCUUUCCUGGACCUCUCCGUGCUCAUUAUUCACCAGAGUUCACACUCUGGAAGGCGUUCUGGGUGCAGCAAAUGUGGGAAGUUCUUCAGGUACCACUUCACCCUUGAGAGACAUCGGAAAGCGCACAGUGGAGAAAGGCCUGACGAGUGCAGCGAAUGUGGGAAACUCUUUAGGCACAACUCAAAGCACAUCAAGCCUUAUGAGUGCCCCGUAUGUGGCAGACUCUUCAGCCAAAACUCUCAUCUCAUUCGGCACCAGAAUGUUCACACCAGAGAGAAAACUUACGAAUGUAGUGAGUGCGGGAAAUCCUUUAUGGACAGCUCCACACUCAUUAUUCAUCAGAGAGUUCACACUGGAGAGAAGCCUUAUGAGUGUGGUGAAUGUGGUAAAGUCUUUAGAUACAUCAGCCUCAUUAAACAUCGUAGAAUCCACAUGGGGGAAAAGCCCUAUGAGUGCUGCAACUGCGGGAGAGGCUUUAGGCAGAACUCCCACCUUGUUCGGCACCGAGAAGUUCACAGCAAAGAGUAUUGCAAACCAGAAAUGACUUCAAAGUAA